AUCUUGCGGUCAGACCGGUCAGACGGGUCAAGGUGUGGCCUGUGUUCAGUGUCACAGCGACGGGACACGUGACAUUCAUCCGGCGCCGCAAAGCUCAAGCCCGGGCGUUGCCUGACUGGGCAACGGGAGGCUCCGGGUGUCCACAGGUCGCGUCCAAAGGGCGCCGGCCGUGAUGGAAGCGUUGGACGUCUCAGCCAUCCCCAAUCUGCCCGGCUUCUCGGUGCGAACCAAGAAGAAGAACUAUGGCCGGUGUCACACCUUCCAAAUGGUCAACGGUGUGCGCAUCGAGCAGUCCGAAGGCAUGACCUUCGACAAGCCGAAGUUCGUGAAGGUCCCAUUGUCUCUGGACACCAAGCGAGUGGGCUCCAUGGGGGCUACCACGGUUCAGGAGGACUUCAAGGACCACGUGAAGGCCGAAGUCACUGAAGCCCCUGCCUGGGACGUGCUGGACAGGCACGUGCUGCGCUUCUACGGGCAGUUCCAAGAGUCAGUCGUUGAAACGAACCUGGAGAACUUCAGGAUACGGCAUUGCGUCAUCAUGUACUACUUGGAGGAUGACACCUGCCACAUCACGGAGCGCAAGGUCGAGAACAGCGGGAUGCCGCAAGGGCAGCUGUUGCGGCGGCACCGCUGCCCGGGGCCGAACGGGUACCUGAACUGGGAGGACCUCAGAGUAGGAGGGGAGCUUCACGUCUACGGCCGCGUGAUUCAGAUACUGGACUGCGAUGAAUGGACCCGGAACUUCUUCUCGCAGCAAGGGCAGGAGCAGGAAGAGGCUUUGGAGCCCGCAAUGGAUUCCUUUGCCGAGACGCAGUUCGAGAUCGGGGGAGGAGGACGCAAGAAGGUCCACCAGCCUCGCUCCUACGAGACGGUCUACCGGGAGCAGAGGAUGGGCGGAGGUCACAUCAAUGCCAACAUGCAGCAGUUCAUGGAAUGGGAUCGCAAGGUCUGCCGCUUCUAUGCAGUUUUCGAUGAUCUCUCAACUCCUCAGUUUGAGAGAAGGCCCUUCGAAAUCCUCUACUUCUUGGCGGAUGACACAGUGGAGAUCAAGGAGAAGUACCCGCUGAACUGCGGCCGCGACCCAUUCCCUAUCUUCUUCCGCCGCGGCAAACUCGCGCAUGGCCAGGCCAAGGUGAUGGGGCCUCUGGACAGGGAGAGGAAGAAGGAUGAGAUGAUCGGGCUGCAGGACUUUGAGAUCGGUGGUUCUCCGGAGCUUCUUGGGCAGAGAUUUUUCAUCUACGACGCAGACGCCUUCACCAGGCAGUAUUAUGCCCAGCUGGGCAUCGCGCUAGCGGAGGCUGUGGAUGUCCGGCUGCCAGAGCGCACCGUACCGCGACCAAAGACGCCGCCAUACACAGGCUACGGAACUUGGGAUGACUCGAUGGGCUCCGUGCACACCUUGAUGCCGAAGCCACCAAAGAAGGACCAGGUGAAGCUCUUCGAGCACGAGGGCAAGAUCCUGCGCUUCACCGCGCAGAUCUACAAAGCCAAGCCUGAGGAUGCCGACAGACUGUUCAUUUUGAACUAUCAUGUCUUCGACGACACCUUAUCCAUCCACGAACCUCCUCAAAGAAACAUGGGCAUCAUGACUGGCAAGUUCCUGGAGAAGGGAAUCCACCUCAAUCAGGAGACGGGUCGCUUGUUCCAGAUGGAGGACUUUUUGCCAGGCAAGAUCAUCAAGGUCUACAACCGAGAGUUUGAAAUUCUCGACAUGGACGAGUACACCAGGAAGUACUUGGACGGCGGUGUGCAGCGCCACUUUGACCUGGAGGCUGUGCUGCAGAAGCUCCGUGAAGGCAUGCGGCAGCAGUACCCGCUGGCACGGGACAUCUUCCGUAAGUUCGAUGCGGACCACGAUGGCGUCUUGACGAAGACGGAGUUCAAGAACGCCCUGAUCAAGUGGGGAUUCCAGGUCACAGAAGAGGAAGCCCUCCUCAUCAUGAAGGCCUUUGAUUCUCGCAAGGAUGGGCAGAUCAGCUACAAUGAGUUCUGUGACUGCCUCAUCGAUGAGGAUUACACCAAUGCCAUGAUGAAAGUGCGGCCAAAGCUGGACCAGGAUGUUGGAAACUACCCUGACCUGGCACAGACCAAGCUGGAGGAAAGAGAUGAGCGGGAAAAGAUCCGCUCGGCUGUGAAAGCCAUUGGGGACGUCAUUUACAAGCAUAACACCAACUUCAUGCGCCUCCUGAAGGAGUUCGCACAUCUUACGCACGAGAACACCGUCGGCUGUGAGCAGAUUACGAAGGCCUUGAACACCAUCGGCCAGAGUUUCAGCCUGGAGGAUGUGCAGCGAUGCGUGGCCUACGUCCUGCCAGAUGUGGACUUUGAGCAAGUAGAGUACGUUGCAUUCCUCAAGGCUGUAGUGUCGUCCUUCCACGAUCUGAGCGCCAGUCGAUGACCAGCGUGCAACACGCCUCAGGACUCACUGUCCGAAAUCUGCUUUGGACCGAUGGCCCGCAAGGUGUGUGUUUCACGUCUCACUUGGUUACUGUGCCAUAUGGGAGCGGCAGAGAAAAACGACAGCGCGCAA